UUAUCAACACUAAUUUAUAAAUAAAUAUAUAAAUCUUAUUAUUUUAAAUAAACUUCCCGCAAUUAAUUAUUUCAGUAAAAAUAUGACACUGAUAAGUGACUGUUGAAAAAAGUUGUAUGUUUAUAAAACUCAUAAUUGUAUAUUAUACUACACAUAUCGGUAUCAACAUAUGUGAUUUGAUUACUAAGCAUUUGGAGUGCAUCAUAAAGAAAUUAUAUUUUGAUGAGGAUAUUGAACUUCAAUCACAGGAUGGUGAUUCGAUCUGACGGGGAUGGUACUGAAAGUCCACUGCUUGAAGAAGAAACAAAUUCAGUUGACUCACCUUUAAGUCCAAACAGUAAACAUAACCAUACUCGUCCCUACAUAAAUUCUCAUGGAAGCCAUAUUCAUCAUGAUAAAACUAAAGCUCCAACUAAAUACGGAGAGUUAGUUAUUUUAGGAUAUAAUGGAUUUUUACCUCCUGGGGAUCGUGGGAGACGUAGGAGUAAAUUUGUAUUAUGCAAACGACCAGUUGCAAACGGAGUAAAACGUAGUAAACAUUAUGUAGUGAAAACUCCUCACAAUUCUCAAGCCGUACUAAAUGUUAAGCAGCAUUCGAUUUCGUACACUCUUUCUCGAACGCAGGCUGUUAUUGUUGAAUAUACCGAAGAUGAUACUACAGAUAUGUUUCAGAUUGGUCGAUCAUCGGAGCCACCAAUAGAUUUUGUUGUCAUGGAUACUUACCCAGCUACUGAAACUGGCCCGAGUAUUGAAAGUCGGAUAGCUCAAAGUACAAUAAGUAGAUUUGCUUGUCGUAUACUAACUGAUCGGGGAAAUCCAGCAAUCACAAGAAUUUAUGCAGCUGGUUUUGAUAGUUCUAGGAAUAUUUUUCUUGGGGAAAAAGCAACAAAAUGGCAAGAAAAUCGAGAAAUAGAUGGACUCACAACCAAUGGGAUAUUGAUCAUGCAUCCACGAGGUCCAUUUUGUGGAGGUGAAGCUCAGUGUGGUUCAUGGAGAGAAAUAAGCGUUGGUGGCGGAGUAUUUUCACUACGAGAAAGUAGAAGUGCUCAACAAAAGGGAAACGUUGUUGAUGAUGAAGACAACAUCUUAAAAGAUGGUACUCUUAUUGAUCUUUGUGGCGCUACUUUGCUUUGGAGAUCAGCAGAAGGCCUUGCUAAAUCACCGACUAAACAUGAUCUAGAAGAAUUAGUAGAUGCUAUUAAUGCAGGUAGACCUCAAUGUCCGGUUGGUUUAAAUACUCUUGUAAUACCAAGGAAAGCAGCAUCAGAAUCAGCUCAGCAGCAACCUUAUGUUUAUCUAAAAUGUGGUCAUGUCCAAGGUUAUCAUGAUUGGGGCCAAGAAAAAGAUAAAGCUACGAGAAGAUGCCCAAUGUGUUUAGUUGUUGGACCGAUCGUUAAGUUAUGCAUGGGUAUUGAGCCUGCAUUUUAUGUUGACAGAGGUCCCCCGACAUAUGCAUUUAACCCCUGUGGACACAUGGCUACUGAAAAAACCGUAAAGUAUUGGGAAAAAGUAGCUAUUCCUCAUGGUACAAAUGGAUAUAUUGCUAUAUGUCCAUUUUGUGCAAUACCAUUAGAAGGAGCUCCUGGCUAUGUAAAAUUGAUAUUCCAAGACAAUGUUGACUAAAAACAAACUUAAUAGCUUUUGAAAAAUAUGUAUUAACAACAAAAGUUUGAAUCAUUGUAACUUUUUAUACAAUAUAAUGUAUGACUCUAAAUAGAAU